CACCGUGUGAUUUAAUGACUGCUGCGUCAGUCGAAUAAACGAGUUUGUACGUAUCGGUUGUUAUUUCUUCUUCCACGACCCCUUGGACAUAACAGUUGGCGACGAGGACAAAGUACAUAAAUUACGCGUAAAAUAAGAUGGCAAAAGUAUCCGCUACAUUGUCGGUCGGCACGAUAACAGUGUUUAGCCAUGAGCAGCAAGAAUGGCAGUUAUAUAAAGAAAGGCUCGAACAGUGGUUUCUUGCAAACGAAAUUGGGGUAGACGUGGAUAAAGCCGGUUGUAAACGUCGAGCAAUAUUUCUGAGUAACUGCUCGGAAUCAAGCUAUAAACUAAUUCGCGAUCUAGCUUUACCGCGGCAAGUCGGUACCUUAAGCUAUGCGGAAAUAGUUGCAUUAUUGGAUGGACAUUUCAAUGUGAAAAAAUGCUUGUUCGCGGAGAGACAUAAAUUUCAUGGGGCCACGCAACAUGUCGGCGAAGGGUUGCCAGAGUGGGCGGCACGAGUACGUGGUUUGGCAGUAUACUGUGGGUUCGUGUCAACAAACCUUGACGAGCAGCUUCGCGACCGUUUUGUGCUGGGCAUGGCACCUGGACCAGAGAGAGAUAAACUCUUCACCAAGGCGAUGUCCGAGCUGACCCUGAGCAAGGCCUUGGAAAUAGCUGAAGGCAUACGCAGUGCUCGUAUGGGAGCACAAGAAGCAAAUCGGCAAGUGGACGCGGGUACGCAACUUCAAGUGAUGAAGUUGGACACGCAGCAUAGCGCAGCACGCGGACGCAGCGCGCAAUCGCGCAGGAUGUUAACCACAGCUUGCGGCGAGCGAGCUCGAGACAGCUACGGCAACGGCGGCGGCAGCGUCGGCGGCGAAUGUACGGCCUGCGGCUACGCAGGUCAUCAGGCAUCGAGCUGCCGUUUUGUGCGUUAUAAGUGCAAAAAGUGUGGCGUUCAAGGACAUCUAAAGCGAAUGUGUAAACAAACUUUUAAUAAGCAACACUAUGUCGAGUGCUGUGGGGAUGCUGGUGAUGACGUGUUCGCAGAUUGACAGUUAUCGUGGCAACCGUAAAGUUACGUUUAGUGUGGGUGACCAAGUUCUGGUAAAACUUUAUAGUCAACAAAAACAAUAUUGGUCACGUGGUGUGAUUAUUAAAAGUGUAGGAAAAACUGUAUAUUUAGUCCAACUAACUGAAUCGGGUCAAAUUAUCAAAAGACACGCCAACCAGUUGCUCAAAUAUAGAGGGAGAGAAGAUAAGUCAUGUGAAAAGAUCGUUCCCGCAUUCAUACUGCCAACACAUCCGACUAGCACCGACCAGCUGCAGCCCGAAGUUUCUGCUGAGGAGUCAGCAGCACAACCAGAGACGACCUCAGGACUUGUUCACGGUGACAUCUCCACGGAAGAGGAAGCAACCUUGGCAACUCCCUCUAUAGAACCCGAGCCAGACCCGCGCUCGAAACGAAAUAGGCCUGUUGUAGAUUAUAAGAAGUUCUUCUAAAUAGAGGUGGAGGGAUGUUAUGUGGGUACCUACAUAUAUCUUUUAAGAACAAUUAUAGGGUAGACCACGGACACCGUGUGAUUUAAUGACUGCUGCGUCAGUCGAAUAAACGAGUUUGUACGUA